AUGGUUCAAGCAGGAAUACAUGUCAUUGAAAAACAUGCGAAGGAAUACUCAUAUAUUUCUAAUAAAAUAUACAUUUACGUUUGCCACGCUCCAAUGGCUAGGACUUGGUGCACUAUGCCGCGCGUAAAACGUUGUACACUAUACAUUGCGAUUUGUGCAUUCCUGCAUCAGAGCACACGUUUUUUCGACCGCACAUACUAUCCAUUGCAGAUUGAAUGGAAUGGCCAUCAUACAGAAGUCUGUCAUGUGGAAACAUCAAAUUGGGUGCAUAUUUAUGUUGGCGAGGAUUUAUAUUUUACAUUAUACUUUUCAUCUCGUGUGCUGUUUGUGCAUCUCUUGCCCUGCAUCAUACUGGUGACGCUGAACAUACUACUCUUCCGAGCGAUGCGUCAGGCGCAGGAACGACGCAAAUUGCUAUUCCGCGAAAACCGCAAGAAAGAAUGCAAAAAGCUACGUGAAUCGAAUUGCACCACACUGAUGCUGAUUGUUGUUGUUACCGUAUUUCUCAUUGUAGAGAUACCGAUUGCUGUGGUAACACUAAUGCAUAUUGUGUCCUCGUUGCUUAUAGAAUUUCUGGACUAUCGCAUUGCGAAUAUUUUCAUUAUGUUCACUAAUUUCUUUUUGGUUGUAAGCUAUCCGAUUAAUUUUGGUAUUUAUUGCGGUAUGUCACGUCAGUUCCGCGAGACGUUCAAGGAGAUCUUUCUGGGUAGAUUGGCGGUCAAAAAGGAUAACUCUUCGAAGUAUUCUAUAGUUAAUGGACCACGUACCUGUACCAAUACCAAUGAAACGGUGCUCUAGUAAAUGGUGCUGUUGGUGCCAUACCGCAGUAAGCAUCGACGAAGUGGUGUGGGAACUAAACGAAGGUGUGGCACCACCAGUUGUACGAGUACCCAACAACUGAAGGUAGAGUUUCAAAUUGAGCCAAUGAGUGCGACUAAAAUUUUGUAAUUACAAUUGUAAACAUUUUCAAUGAAAUUAUUUAAUAAGUUGCUUAGUAUACGUAUAUAGCAUAUAGGUAGGAGGGAUGUGUGUGUAACUGAAAUUUGGAAUUGACUGUGCUGUAUUCAAAUUAAAUUAAAUGAAUGAAAAUAUAAGAAAAUUAACUUUACUUUAAGAUUUUGUACAUAUAAAGAUAUGAAGUUUGGUGUUGUUCUUAGUAUAAAAAAUAAAAUUCAUGUUUACGCAUUUGAAAGGCACAUUGUAAAUAUUGAACAAAGAAAUUAUACCGCAAGGAUUUUGUUUUCCCUGCAGUAAAAACUUUUCCAUGCUGUGCUUACUGAGUUCCGAAAUACAUUUUCAGCAUGUAAAAUUUGUGCAAAAUUGCUCAAAGAAUUAUUUAUAUAAUAAAAAAAAUGUAAAAAAUUCGCUUACAUAAAAAUAACUGACAAGCAAACUUUUGCUCCCCAUUUUCCUAUUUCCUACAAGGAAAAUCAAUUUUUAUUAUUUUUACAAUUUUUUUCAAUUUUUUUUCAAUUUAUCUGCUCUGGUUUAUAUCAAAACUUCAACUUUGCCAAAUCAAUUAUAUAUUUUACUGCUUUUCUUUCUGGCUUAUAUGCAAUACAAAACACAAUUGUAAAUAUAAAAUUAUUUAAAACGAUUUGCGAAGUAAGUCCUAAGCAUGAGUUUAGAUACCAUUUUUAUAUCAGAAAUUUGACUGCAUUUGACGAGCUUGUCCAUGGGUUUUCAGGUAAGGAGUAGUCAGAAGUUUAGGGUGUAUUUUUUCUAUAUAUUUUCUAUAUUGUAAUGCUUUCCACUAAGCUUAACUGCAUACAGCGACUGUUUUGAGAUAAUUUAAAUAUCACUAAUUUUACUGAACUUUUUACUUAUAAGUUAGUACGUAAUUGAUGUUUUGUAAAUUAAUGAAAUAAACAAGAACUUAAAUUUAUAAAUUUAUAUUGUGACAAAUAAGAAAAUGCUCUGAAACGCUUUAGAUAUAUUUCAAUGUAAUUAUUACAAAAUAAAUAGUUUUUAUGUAAAUUAUAAUUGUACACUAAAUUGUAUAUAAGAGUUGUAUUUACGCAGGACACGAGUAAGAAACAGAUUGUAGGUUAGUAGUUAGUGGGGGUUUUUAUACAACGCAUAGGCAUAUAUCUUAACAAUUAAAUUUAUUUAUAUAUAUAUAUAUAUAUAUAAGAUAUAUUGUAAUAGUGAAAUGAAAUAUUCAUUUAAAUUUGUAAACCUACAGAGCCCCAAGUGUUUACCAAUUUAAAUGAUUUUAAUUUCAAAUUCUAGUAAAAUGAUUAUAUGCUUAUCAAAUAGAAUUUUAA